CUGAAUGUCUCACACCAUUACUCCCGCCGUGGCAGAACGCACCGCACGCUUGCCCGGCUAAAAAAAAGUAAAAUACAAAUUCUUUUGUUCAAAAUUUUUAAAUUUUGAACUUAGGACAAAACAGAAAAAGCGCGAAUUAUUUUAAAUUUCGUUGAUAAUUUUCGUGUUUAAAAAAAAGAUGGAGAAAUUACUAGUGUUAUCAAUUUUGACCAGUGUGAUAUCUUCGGGCUCAUCGGACACAAAUAUGUUCGGCGGGCGAUGCUCUAAAAGCGACCCCAACGUGGAUGCUUGUCUCCUGCGCAGCUUUAACACUCUCGUUGAAUACCUGAAAGGUGGAGCGCCAGAGUUCGGCAUUGAAGAGGCGGAGCCGAUAAUAAUCGACGAGCUCUCCAUUGCGCUGGGUGGCGGGCCUGACGGCUACCGAGCCACCUUCAAAGACAUCCACGCCACUGGAGUAUCCAACAUGACCAUCACUAACGUCAGGUCAGAUCCGGAGACACAUCAAUUUCAACUGACGCUGUUCGGGCCCCAUAUCAGCGCCCGCGCACGCUACCGUUCUUCUGGAGUGCUGCUGCUGGUGCGCGCCUCGGGCGGCGGAGAUUACUGGGGCGAAUAUGACGGUGUAAAGGCGAAGGUGUACUUCCGCGGGGAGCCGUACGAACGUGACGGACGGACCUACCUGCGGCUGCAGCAGCUCAAGCUGGACUUCUCCGUCAAGGACAUCGAAAUGGGCGUCGAGAACCUGCACAACAGCAACGCUGUGCUGCAAGCAGCACUAAACCUGUUCAUUAACACGAACGCCCAGGAGCUCCUGAAGGAAAUGAAACCGGAGCUGAAGAAAGACCUGGCUGAGAAGAUGUCGCGCUUCCUCGAGAGGAUCCUUGAUCACAUACCCUAUGAUGACUGGAUUGUUGACUAAGUGAGAAAUAAAUGGGAACAAUUAGGGUUUUAACUGUUAGCUAAUAAACCAUUAAAUCAUUUCAUAUCUUUUAUGACGUUCAUUCCAUUCUCUACGUUCAAGUCCAUAACUUAUUUUACAAGAAUAGUUGUAGACACCGUAAAAAUAAAUAAAGAAGAAAUAGUUGUUUGUUAUGCUAGGCUGCAAAGCUGUUGUUUGACACGAGUGCUUGUAUUAAAACGUGAGCAAGCGGAGGGUUCCAACAUUACUCGCUUCGCUCGUGGAUUAAAAAUAGAAUCCUGAGCAUAGCGAGACAACAACUUUGCUGCCGAGCGAUACACACAGAAAGAAAAACAGUUGAACUAUAACAAA